GAUUAUUACAAGACAUUAGAGGUGGAUUAUGAUGCCUCGGAUGAAGUUAUUCGUUCGAAUUACAUUCGUCUUGCUUUGAAAUGGCAUCCUGAUAAACAGAAGAACGAAGAUGCUGCUACUUCAAAGUUUCAAGAAAUAAAUGAAGCUUAUCAGGUCGCAUCCUUCAAGAAAUGA